AGUCUCUGUACACAGACCGUUGCAUCAGGUAAUAUACCAACGCUAGCAUACAUUGCUCCAAUGUCUGGGAUAUCCGAGACAAUAGCCUAACAGGAGUACUCUCAAAUCAAGUUAAUAUAUCUGGGCAUCCUAGCUUACAAGAUUGACCAGGCUUUGCCUGAUUUGAUUUAGAAGGCUAUAUUUUGGGCUUAACCUGACCAGAACAUUUUUCAUCAACUGUUUUGUAUCCCAGCAACCUGUCCUCUCAAGGGCUUGUCUACAGGUGAUAAACAUGGAGGUGCAUAAUGCGCCGCAAACAGAUGAGUAUGAUUAUUAUGACCCAAAAGACUACACUGAAGGUUAUCCUGAUGAAAGUGGAACAGAAUAUAUCUGUAACCUGAAUCUCAACCGUGAUAUGGAGAUAGUCAUACAGACCUACGUUCAUUCCUUCAUCUGUGCAUUCGGUCUCUGUGGCAAUGCGUUGGUGAUUGUCACAUAUGCCUUCUACAAGAAAGCCAAGACCAUGACGGACGUGUACCUUCUGAACGUGGCUGUGGCAGAUCUGCUGUUCAUCGUGACCCUGCCACUCAUCAUCUACAAUGAGCAGCAUGACUGGAGCAUGGGCUCAGUGGUCUGCAAGGCCCUACGAGGAGCCUACAGCAUCAACCUGUACAGUGGCAUGCUCCUGCUGGCCUGCAUCAGUGGAGACCGCUACAUCUCCAUCGUCCAGGCCAGGCGCUCCUUCGGCCUCCGCUCCCGGACCCUGAUCUACAGCCGCCUCAUCUGCACAGCCAUCUGGGCUCUGGCCAUAGCCCUGUCUAUCCCCACAGUCAUCUACAACGAGCGGGUUGAGGAGACCAACCGGUUGGGAGAGACUAUUGCUGUGUGCCAGGCUCAGUUUGAAAGUAACAAGACCGCCCGGCUGAUAAAGGUGCUGGUACCCAGUCUGCAGAUGACCAUGGGGUUCUUCCUGCCCAUCCUGGUCAUGGUCCUCUGUUAUGCCAGCAUCAUCUGGUCCCUCCAGAGGGCCCACAGCACCCAGAGGCACAAGGCAGUGCGUGUGGUCCUAGCUGUGGUUGUGGUCUUCAUCGUGUGCCACUUGCCCUACAACAUGGCCCUGCUCUACCACACAGUGGCUCUGUUCCAGCAGAGGGAGUGUGAGGAGGAGAAGGUCAUCCUCACUACCCUCACCACCACCAGGAGCGUGGCCUACCUCCACUGCUGCCUCAACCCCAUCCUGUACGCCUUCGUCGGGGUCAAGUUCAGGAACCACUUCAAGAAGAUCCUGGUGGAUCUGUGGUGCCUGGGCAGGAAGUACAUCUACCCCUCGGGUCGCUCCUCACGCAUGACCUCUGACCUCUAUAUCCCAGCUCGCAAGUCCACUGACGGAUCCAACAAUGAGAAUGGCUCCUCAUUCACCAUGUGAAGAUGGGAGUAGGUUGAGAUUGCCUCCAACUACAGGAAGUCCAGUAGUGACUGUUAUUAUGAGCAUUUGAUUGAUGCUGUAGCUACAGUACAUAGUAUUUGUAACAUGGAUGCGGAUAAUUACGUAUUGAAAUUGCUCUAAUGACCAAUAUUCCUCUUUGCUUAUCAAUGCCAAUUUGUUUCACAGCAUGAUUUUUGUCAAAAUAUAGCCAAGAAUGACUAAAACAUAAAAACAAUAGAAUAAAAAUGUACUGGAUGCAAUCUAAUAGAAUACAAUGACACUAUGUGUCUUUAAAGUAAAUGUAUUUGUCUAGAAAAUAUAUCAUCUCUCUUAAAAAUAACUCUAAAAUACAAAUAAGCAUUCACUAGUUCCAUGGGAUGUUUUGCAUAAACCAGUCUUUCAGUAAAAGUAAUUUGGUGCCAAAGGGGAGCUUUCCAAAUGAAAGUGUGUUUGGGCUACGGAGAGAUACAAAAUGGUGCAGUUUGAGGCAAUAUGGUGGAGAGUGAUGCUGGAGAUGGCGGUGUGAGCAGGUGUGAUGUUGCCAUUUGUAUGUGUAAGUUUUGUUUUGUAUUGUUAUUUAAAAAAAAUAUGUAUACAGUACCAGUCAAAGGUUUGGACACAGCUACCCAUUCA